CCAGGAUGAGGGCAAGUAUAUGCGCGGGUAUUCAUGCGUUCAUGCCGAGCACCCGAAACGAAUUCAGCAGGAAGGGUGAGGGCUACAGUGCUGAUCGCAGCAUAUGGCAACUCAGACAAACGAUAAUGACUGAUCUGAUGAUAAGGAGGAGCAUACGUGGAUCCUUUCAGGGGAUUAAUGUCUCACAUUGUCUGAAUGCGAUGGUAACACCCAAGCCAUCCGAGCGACUAGCGAGUUGAUAGCGAGUAAAGCUGCCGUGUGAACGCUGAGAAAGUAAACAAAUCAUCAAGGAGAGACACCAUUGCCCUGCGAAGUUUACUGAAGGAGUGGUUGCGGGCUUACCAUUCAAAAAAGGUCUUUCACAUCGUCCACAAAAUUUCAAACCUUCAAAUGGAAUGCAUAUGGAAGUUGACACCACGAAGAUCACCGACGAUUGAGUCGCAGGCCGAGAGACCCGGCAGGUGACUAUGUAGGGCCAAACCACAUGGGAAUCUUGUUCAAAGCGAAGAUCGUCAGGGAGGGAGACGAAAUUUCCACCGCUCCAUGGUUCAUCCCCAACAAUCUCUCCGCCUAUGCUCCAAAUGAUGGAAUGACUAUUGAGAGGCGCCGCAUCCCGACCAUAUGCCUUUACGAGUACCAAGAACUUGAAGCAAAAACGGCCGAGUUUGAACAGCGUACACCGAUGAGUUCCACUAGUCAGCGCUGUUGGGAUCAGAGACAAGAAGAGACGAUAGAUAUAAGGCGUGGUAUCGCGCAUGCCAUUCGCGGAUAGAGGAGUUGAAACUUGAAAGCUGUGGAAUUGGGGAC